CGCCGUCCAACCGAGCGGCACUUUAAAUCGGCAAAAGCUACAGUCCACACGUAGAGUUGGCAACGCUAGUGGCAGAUCGCGAUAAAAAAAACAUACUACAAAAGCACCGAAAAAAACAUCAGAAACCAAUUUGAAUUCCCAAAUACAUAUUUAUUGUUUUGACAAAAAGGAAGCGACAAGAUGAGCGGAAAAGCUGAUAUUGCACUUAUUGGACUGGCCGUGAUGGGCCAGAAUCUCAUAUUGAAUAUGGACGAGAAGGGGUUUGUUGUGUGCGCCUACAACCGCACGGUGGCCAAGGUCAAAGAGUUUCUCGCUAACGAGGCCAAAGGCACAAAUGUGAUUGGCGCUGAGUCACUGAAGGACAUGGUCGAGAAGCUAAAAACGCCGCGAAAAAUUAUGCUGUUGGUCAAGGCCGGCAGCGCCGUCGACGACUUCAUCGAGCAACUAGUGCCGCUGCUUUCCCGCGGCGAUGUGAUUAUUGAUGGCGGCAACUCUGAGUACCAGGACACAUCGCGUCGCUGCGCCGAGUUGGAGAAACUGGGACUGCUUUUUGUGGGCUCAGGCGUCAGCGGAGGCGAGGAGGGUGCCCGUCACGGACCCUCCCUGAUGCCCGGCGGACACGAAGCCGCCUGGCCCCUGAUUAAGCCUAUCUUUCAGGCCAUCUGCGCCAAGGCUGAUGGCGAGCCCUGUUGUGAGUGGGUCGGCGAUGGGGGUGCGGGCCACUUUGUCAAGAUGGUGCACAAUGGCAUCGAGUAUGGAGACAUGCAGUUAAUCUGCGAGGCCUACCACAUUAUGCAGAGCCUGGGUCUGUCCGCCACCCAGAUGGCUGAUGAGUUCGGCAAGUGGAACUCGGCCGAGCUAGACUCUUUCCUCAUCGAGAUCACGCGCGACAUUCUGAAGUACAAAGACACCAAGGGACACCUGCUGGAACGGAUUCGGGAUACGGCCGGCCAGAAGGGUACGGGCAAAUGGACUGCCAUUGCCGCCCUACAAUACGGCGUUCCCGUGACGCUCAUUGGCGAGGCUGUCUUCUCCCGCUGCCUAUCCGCCCUCAAGCAGGAGCGCGUCCAUGCUAGCGGUGUGCUCAAGGGUUCCUCAGUGAAGCCGAGCGUUGCAAAUGUGACAAAGUUCCUCGACGACAUCAAGCACGCUCUGUACUGCUCCAAAAUUGUUAGUUACGCGCAGGGAUUUAUGCUGAUGCGGGAGGCGGCCAAGGAAAACAACUGGAGGCUGAACUACGGUGGUAUUGCGCUGAUGUGGCGCGGCGGCUGCAUCAUACGCAGCGUCUUUCUGGGAAACAUCAAGGACGCGUACACAUCGCAGCCGCAGCUGUCCAACCUCCUGCUGGACGACUUCUUCAAGAAGGCCAUUGAGCGAGGCCAGGACUCGUGGCGCGAGGUGGUGGCCAAUUCCUUCCGCUGGGGCAUUCCAGUGCCAGCGCUCUCCACCGCCCUAAGCUUCUACGACGGCUAUCGCACCGCCAAGCUUCCCGCAAAUCUUCUCCAGGCCCAGCGAGACUACUUUGGGGCCCACACCUACGAGCUUCUUGGCGACGAGGGCAAGUUCCAUCACACCAACUGGACGGGCACCGGAGGCAAUGUAUCGGCCAGUACCUAUCAGGCAUAGGCGUUGAUACCGUCCCCCCGCACACACCAAACCCACAUUCCAUGUCAUAAGCUGGUGUUCGGGCUGCUCCCUGAUACUAGUUGGAAGUUAAAAUUGUUUUUUUUUAGGGUAGCAGUACCUAUUUAUAACGUUAAUAUAUAUGUAUGUAUAUAUAAUUUCAUAUUGUUUUGAAACAUAA